CGAUGUCCCCCGACCACGCAGAGCACAAUGCCGCGGCUCCUGAGGGCACUCCAGUCCCAGCUACACCGCCAACUCGUGCCCUCAGCACAAGCGACCCAUCGGGUUCUCUCCCACUGUCGCCGAACAAAGGCAAAGGCGUGCUCGCAUCCGUCGACGACACGGCUACGUACGUUGAUGGGGGUCCAGAUGUAGCUCCCUCGUCUCCGGACUUGGAAACAUCUUCAUUCGAAAGGGUGUCUGAUUCUUCAUCACCCCUGAUUCAUUCCAUUUCUUGUCUCUCAGAGAGCCGCCCAAUGCACGAUACUGUCUCGGACGCUUCUGACAAUGACUCGCAGAUUAGAUAUGAUGAUCUCGAGCCUGCCAUCACUUUAGUCGGCAAAGGCAAAGGCAAAGAUCUCCCACCCACUCUUCCGCCUUUGUCUUUUUCGCCCACAGAAUUUUACUACGACGAUUCGUUUUCUUCUCCUACUCUUACGUCUGCUGACGCAGGUCCUUCAUCUUUCGGUUCGGUCUAUACUGCUGUGACGGGUCAUGAUCCUACCCCGGCCGGAGUUGUUCUUGACGAUCCUUCCCUGAGCCGAGCCGAAUCCAUUCCUGUUCACAUCCGAAUACCUUCCAGAUGUCACUCUAUCUCUGACCUUUCUACUCACACUACCCAUUCCCUACCCACACAGUCUAUGUCGCAACACAAGUUUCGCGUCGGAGCUUCCAAGAGUCCAACAGCCUUGGCCCGAAAAUUAUUCGCCAAGGGCGGGGAUCAGUCGGAUUCACCGUCCUCCCCUGGCAGUCCUAUUACCGUCGAAGGAGUAAUUGACCUCGAUUUAGAUUCUGCAACGUGUGGUGCAGGCAGCUGCUUCGGGCCAUGGAAAUUGGAUUCGAAGUCGCGCGCGAAAGACACUUCCGCCUCAUUUGGCAAAGGUCGAUCCUACUCAAACCCUUUCCCGUUGUCUACAGCGUUUGAGCCUAUCCCUCCGAUUACGACGCCGGUUUAUACACCUGCUCCGAUUGUGCUGCCGCGCAAGCACUUCGAUGAGCUUUUACCCCACGAGCUCCAGCUUCACAUUCUUGUGUGCCUCGUGGAUCUACACGAGGAAGAGCAGGGACGACGUGAACGCGAUGGGAAGUGGACGGUCCUCAAAGCGUCUUCGUCGAAGAACAAGUGGGUCGGGCGUGAACAGGGUGUACGUGAGCUCGUCAGGCUGAGCCGGGUGUGCAAGUCAUGGACAGCCCUGGUCUUUGACGGCCAACUUUGGACGCGCCUCGACCUGCGAUCAUUUCCGAAGAUGCCUGCAUCGCAAAUUCUGCAUAUAGCGGCAUCCGCAGGUCCUUUCAUCCGGAAGCUAGACCUUGCAGGGCACACGAAUUUACAUCAUUCGACCCUGCUCAGCCUCACCGACAGGCUCUCGAUACACCCCAGCGUCCCCGGCACCGUUUCGCCGUGCACCCUGCUCACCUCUAUCAACUUGUCUGGGUGUUUCGCGCUUACCACGGGAUCUCUACAUUAUCUUCUGGAACGCUGUCCGAAUUUAACGAGUCUGUCCAUGAAAGGUUUAGAUGCGGUGACCAACGAGACUUGCGAGCGUAUCUACAGGCACUGUCCCAAACUCGACAUCCUUAAUAUGAAUCGAUGCAGAAAUCUAUCCGGUGCUGGUGUCUACACUAUGGCCUCCCUCGCUCUCAAACACAGAGCACCUCUUUGCUUGAAGGAAAUGCGGCUGUCGGGUUUGAAGGGCAUAACAGACAGUGUCUUGGAUGCUCUAGGCAAGGCCACACCUUAUCUUGUGGUUCUAGAUCUCAGUUAUUGUAGGGAUCUCCAUAACUCGUCUGUGGAGGCCUUCGUGUCUUGCUCUGACGACUUCGGCCAAACGGAGACGGUGCUGUUGACGGCGCGCGAAGCUGGCCAUACCGAUCAUCGUCGAUACCGAAGACGCGUCACGCGCCUCCGCCAUCUCUCCUUUUCCUCUUGUAUUAUGCUCACCGACAUCGCGUGUGCACACCUGGCACAUGCACUGCCGCACCUAGAACUUUUAGAGCUCGGAGGUAUAGGGCAGCAUCUGACAGACGAGGGGCUGAUUCUUCUGCUGCAGACGCUGCCAGACCUCCGGAAACUCGAUCUGGAGGAUGCGAGGGAGAUCACGGACGCCGUUCUGCAAGCCAUCACCCCCCGGCCGGUCUCCCAGGAUCCCGGGCGCGGACGGCAAUCUGCGGCCUCGGAUCCUGGUCAUGCGCUGGAGCACUUGUCCGUGUCGGGUGCCGCGAAUUUGACGAACGAGGCGCUCUCGACUCUGAUACAGCGCUGUCCACAGCUGCGUGUGCUGGAGGCGGACGGGACGCGCGUGUCUGGGGCGGUGGUGAAGGAGUUCACCGCGGUCGUGCGCAGGAGAGAGGAGCAGGACGCGGUGAUCGUCGCGAUCGAUUGCCGUUCUGUGGGCGAGGACGUCGUAAAGGAGCUCGCGGUGUCCACGCGGCCGCGGCUGGGCCGGCGGACGUAUGAGUCGCGGAAGCUUGGCUAUCUGGAUGGGCGCGACGAGGAGGCACUCGGAGUGGGGCAGGACGAGUGCGAUCCGCGGCGCGUCGUGCUGAAGACGUACUAUUCUUGGCAGACGGUGGACGCCGUCACCGCUGCUCGUCAGAAGCGGAAGCGAGGGAGGCGAGACGGGGGCGGGUCCGGAGGCGGGAGCGCGGUGGAGGAGUUGCAGCUAGGCCGUGCGCGGUGGUGGUCUCCUGGCGGGAGACGGUUAUCGGGAAUGAGUUCCCCGUCCCUGAUGGACGCGAACAACGAG